AUGGCUACCAGCACAGCGGAGGACGUGUUCUUGCAACCCCCAAGUGACGAACAAUGCUCGCCUGUCUAUCGCGAAACCUCCCACUACAACCCACUUCAUACCUUCAAACUCACCUCCGGCAAUGAGAGGCAUUACCAGCAACAAUAUGGCGACAUGUACUUCUUGCGACUCGCACGACUGAAACCGGUGGUGGAAGAGGUUGGAAUGGACGCAUGGGAAGGAUUCAGUAUCGCCGGAGAACGUGCUCGUCGCGUAGAGCGAGUGCUCGAUGUCCGACAAGGCGAACUCUGCUGGGUCGCUGGGACGGUCUACAUGGACAUGCCCUUGAAGCCGAAUAUCCUCGAUGAUCUUUCCAAAGAGAGCCAUACCCUAGUCCCUCCGCCCCUUCGCACUUACCAGGAUCCCGCUCAUCCGGAAUUGACUCAAAUCAUGUUAGAAGACGAGUCGGGCCGCCUGCGGUUAACAGGGAAUCUUCUGGGAUCAACUCAACUCGCGACAGGAGCCAUUAUAGCUGUAUUGGGGACGGAGAAUGCGAAUGGUGAUUUUGAAACCAUCGAUAUCAGAGUGCCUGGCCUGCCUCAGCAGCCUCGUCGGUGGGAGCGAAACGAAGACAAAAUGAAUGGAAAAGAGCCGCACAAGGGCAAGAUCGCCUUUGUGAGUGGUCUCGGGAUUACGGGGACAUCGAGUGACACUCUUGCGCUGGAACUUCUGACAGACUAUCUUCUUGGGUACACAGGGUCAUUGGGGGGAACGAAGAGCCCUUCGACGUCGGAUGCAUCUGCAAUCACACGGCUUAUCAUUGCCGGAAACUCACUUGGGGCUAAUGUGACGGCCGAGGCAGCAUCGACUGGCACGGAGACGGGAGCGGCCGUGAAGAAGAAGAAUGCCCCGAGAAAGUAUGGAUACGACGCCUCUGCAUACAACGCCUCGCCCAUCACACAACUAGACAACUUCCUCGCGGAGAUCCUGCCGAGCAUACCUGUGACUCUCAUGCCGGGCGAGAGUGAUCCGGCGAACUUUGCACUCCCUCAGCAGGGGAUCCACCGAGCUAUGUUUCCACGAGCUAGAGCAUACUGUGCUCCGCCCCCGUCCGGCGAGGAAGCUGCCGAGCCGGGCUGGUUCGACAGUGUCACAAACCCAUGGGAAGGAGAUGUCGAGGGAUGGCGGCUGUGGGGAAGCAGUGGACAGAACGUGGAUGAUGUCCUCCGGUAUCUGGACUUUGCAGACAAGGAUGCGCUGGAAGCGGGUGAUGGGGACAUCGAGGCCAGGAUGCGAAUCAUGGAGGCCAUGCUCCGGUGGAGAUGUGGAGUUCCCACCGCCCCUGAUACAUUGUGGUCCUAUCCGUUCCAGACAAAUGACCCCUUUGUAAUGCAGUCCUGUCCGCACAUCUUCUUCGCGGGCAAUCAGCCUCGGUUCAAGACGGCGGUGUUGGAAGGCGACUCUCCCCUUCAACUUAACGGAGCUGAUGCAGAGAUGACCGACGCAGCCGAUAAUACUGGUGCGCGUGUCCGUCUGCUGUCGAUUCCCAAGUUCAACGAGACCGGGCAGUUGAUACUCGUGGAUAGCGAGACACUGGAGGUCGAGAACCUCAUUGCCAUGCAAAAUUCCGAGAUAACUGGACUCCGUAGUUCCAGCUGGCACGUCCCCCGCUACCACGAAUGGAUGCAAGACGAGGAAAUCCAGGCCGCCACCGCCUCGGAGCCUCUCACGCUCGAAGAGGAGUACGCCAUGCAGCGCAGCUGGCGCCGGGACGCCGACAAGCUUACUUUCAUCCUCUGCUUGCCUGUUGCCCCGGCUCAGCCUGGUGGCGAAGACGAAAGUCAAGAGCAGAGGCAAGGGCCAGGGCUAGGGCUACGCCCGCUCACAAACGAAGAUGAUGCUCCCGGGCAGAUGCUCGGCGACAUCAACCUCUUCCUCCGGGUUGAGGAUGGGGAGGACGGGACGUCGGCGCCGGAGAUCGUUGGGGAGAUCGAGCUCAUGAUUGCGGACAAGGCGCGUCAGCGGCGGGGGUAUGGGCGGGCUGGUCUGCUUGCGUUUCUGCG